AUCCUUCAUCGAACAAUGGCACGUGGAUUGGUCCAUGAGCGUGGGCGGAAUCUUCCAGGGGCUUGCUCUUGAAGGCUCACGGAGAGCGAAUGUCGUCAUGAGCGAUCAACAGGACAGUAUGGCUACCACUGUUGCUGUCAGUCCAAGCGAGUAUCUCCAGCCCUCCGCGACUUCCUCUCAAGACUCCCAGCCCUCUCCCCUUGCCCUUUUGGCUGCCACCUGUAGUAAAAUUGGCCCCCCUGCUGCCCAGGCUCCUGUCAGCGCUCCCCCAGCCCAGCCCCAGCCCCGUCGCCUCCUUCCCAUCAAGCCUGCUCCAAUCGCCCCCGCCCCGCCCAAGAACCUGAGCUUCCUGUCCACCAAAGGGAAUGUGAUCCAGCUUCCUGCUGGCCUGGGUUCCAACAGCUCAGGCAGCCCCAUCGUCCUCACCAUCCAGCAGAGCCCCGGGCGCCCCAACACCGCCUCUAACAUCCAGUACCAGGUGGUGCCUCAGCUGGGGGGCACCCAGACCAUCCAAAUGAUGCCGCAGGGAGGACAGAUCCAGCUCAUCCCGGGCACCAACCAGGCCAUCAUCACCACGCCCAUAACUGUUCCGCAGCCAGCCGCCACGCCCGUCAACACGCAGAAGGCGGUGGCCAUUAAGCCGUCCCCCCGGGGGCGGAAACCCAACGCGGCCAACAUGGUGCGGCUGCCCAGCGGACUCACUCUGCCCCUCAACGUAGCCACCGGGGAGGAGCCGGCGGCGGCUCCUCCCCCACCCACCAAGGGCAGGAGAGGGAGGAAGAAGCUGGUGGCGGCAGCCCCUCCCCCACAGCCCGCCUCCCCGCUACCUGAGCAGAUGGAGACUAUAUUGAUUGAGGCAGGGGAGAAUAUUAUUCAGGCGGGCAACCAGCUCCUGAUUGUCCAGAACCCUGGGUCAGGUCAGCAGCAGCUGGUUCAGCUGGUGCAGCAGAAACAGGAGCAGCAGGUGGUCCAGAUCCCCCAGCAGGCCCUGAAGGUGGUGCAGGCCGCCUCCGCCACCCUGCCCCAGGUCCCUCAGAGACAGCCGGCGCCCAGCCUGCAGCCAGAGCCCACCCAGCUCCUGAUCAAAACGGAAUCAGGCGAAUGGCAGACACUGCAACUCCAGGAAACCACAAUUUCCACGCCAACAGCCCCCUCCAGCUCGAUCACCACCACCCUGUCGUCCGUGGGCGGGACCAAGAGGACGCUGGCGGGAGGCAGGAAGGAGAGAACCCUACCCAAAAUCGCUCCAGCGGGGGGGCUGUUAGCGCUGAACGCGGCCCAGCUCACCUCCACGAGCCAGGCCGUCCAGACCAUCAACAUCAACGGGGUCCAGGUGCAGGGGGUCCCGGUGACCAUCACGAACGCCGGAGGCCAGCAGCACCUCACUGUUCAGACGGUGCAGGGCGGGACCCUCCAGCUGAGCGGGGUGACCUCCCAGGGCCAGCCGGUCCAGAUGGAGCAGACUCUGUCCCUGGAGCUGCCGGGCAGCCAGCCUGGGGAAAAGAAACGCCGCAUGGCCUGCACCUGCCCCAACUGUAAGGACGCGGAGAAGAGGCCUGGCGAGGUGGGGAAGAGGAAGCACAUCUGUCACAUCCCAGGAUGCGAGAAGCUGUUCCGGAAAACCUCCCUCCUCCGGGCGCACGUGCGCCUGCACACUGGCGAGCGGCCCUUCGUCUGCAACUGGGUCUUCUGUGGCAAACGCUUCACACGUAGCGACGAGCUGCAGCGCCACGCCAGGACGCACACAGGAGACAAGCGGUUUGAGUGCAACCAGUGUCAGAAACGGUUCAUGAGGAGCGACCACCUGACGAAGCAUUACAAAACACACAUGAACACCAAGAACUUGUGAGCGGAGCCGUGCUGUGUUUACCGGCCGUACGCCCAGGCGUGCUCCCACGAACUGAACCCCACAGAGGGCCGGGGUGGAGGAUACGAUGAGGGUCGCCCCGUAACGGGGGUACCUCCAAACAGGCCCCGUACGCCCACUCCAUGCCCCCCCGUCCCUCAUAGCCUGGUGUACAUACCCAGUAUCCUCACACCCCAAGGACUCAACUGUUGUGGUCAAUUUAUGAAUGAUAAUAUCAUUUGUUUUCUCGUUGUUUUUGGAAAGGACGGCGGGCUUACUUAAGUUGCUGGAACACGUAGGAUGCCGGAACCCCCCCCCCCACACACACACACACACACACACACACACCUCGAAAGACAGACAAGCGCAGAUGGUGUGUUCUGGAAACUGGCACACCCAAAACCCAGUCACCAGGGCUGAAUGCAGAGCCAGACGGAUGGAGGUCUUUAGUCCACCCGAGCCCAAAGGAGACUCCAGCCACUCUUUCACCUCCUUGUUUUUAUCCUGUUUUAUGCUUUGCAAUGUUAAUAAUUACAAAUAUUAUUUUUUAUUGUUGAAGCUUCGGACUAAGGUUUUCUCAGUUGACCCCAUAGUGCAAGGUAUAUUUUGUUCCCAGUUAGGCUCUUAAUAUCCCAUUCAGCAAAUUGCACUCUUAUGUAUGACCUUUUUACAUGGAUUGAACAAUUUUGCGUUCACUACUAACUUAAUAUAAUUCAUUAUUUGUUUGGAAUGAAAACAUGCAUACAUAUGAGGCCUUGUUGACCACUGUUUGAAUCCCCAUACAGUUUCAAGACAAGGAACAUCCAAGUUUAUUUUACUGGCAGGUGUUUAAUGUAUAUGAAGUGUGUAUGCAUACAAACAUAAAACCUACAGAUAAUUGGGAAACUAUACACUAUCGUUUCAAAAGUUUGGGGUAAUUAAAUAUGUCCUAAUUUUCCAUUAAAACGUACAUGACAUUAGUUUGAAUAGGAGAUAUAGCAGAAUGAAUAAGAAAUAUAAUUCCCAAGCUUAGAAAUAAUGAUUUGUAAUUUAAAUAAGUGUCCUUCAAAUUUGCCAGAUUUCAGCAGUGCUAACACAAUCGCAAAAGGGUUUUCUAAUGAUCAAUUAGCCUUUUAAAAUGAUAAUGGGCCUCUACACCAGUGUAGAUAUUCCAUAACAAAAUGUUCUUUAGUAAUUUAAAACAUUAUCACUGCCUACACUGUAUGUACUAUGAUCAAUUUGAUGUAAUUUUAGAGGACAAAAAAAUAUGCUUUUCUUUGGAAAGCAAGGACAUUUCUAAGUGACUCAAAACUUUUGAAAGGUUGUGUAGGUAUUGAGGAUUUUCAAACAUAGUUCCCUCUUUUGGAGGACAUCUUUAGUAAAUCAAAGAUGACAAUAUAUUUUAUGCUUUGGCAUUUCUUGUUUGAGUGAAGAGUUAUAAAUUAUUUUGAUUACAGACUCCCUCCUAAUUGGUUUAAAUAUAGUGUGCUCUGUGUAUAUCAUUUUGAUAUUAACUACAUGUAUGUUUCCAAUAUUGGUCUGGCUUGACAAUCAUGUCACAAGAUGCAAAAAAUUUACAUCAAAUGCUUUCUCAGACCUGUCACCAGUUAUUUGAUUACAUAAGGUCAAGGUUUAGUCCUAAAAUGUAUUUUAUGACUUAAGGUACUACUUUGAGGUAGUUAUGUUUGAUAAAAAAAAAAAAUCUUUAGAUUCAUAUGACAAACAUUGACAAGCUAUUUAAUAGUAAGAUUUUACUCUAAAUUCUAGUAUUUCAGAUCCAGUAACACUCAAAGAAGGAUACCUGUGCAAAGCAGUGUUUUGGUAUGCUCUGGUCGAUGUAAGUUGACUGUUUAUAUUGUUAACAGCAUAUAUUUAAUAUUUUUUUUCUUUUUUCGAGGAAAAUGUUCUUCAUAAAUGGUUUAAUUAGAAAGAUUUAUAAAUGGAUCCCUGUCAACGAAUUUGAGUCAUGCCUUUUAAAAUGAGAUUUAAUUGGAAAAGCCAAUAGAAUAGAGUCCGCCAGUGUGUUUGGAGACCCAUCCUGGGCUUGGAGACGGAAAGAAAGUCUGCUCAUAUUUAUAUUGUAUGUCUGUCUGUGUAUAUGAUGUGUCUGGCAGACACAGUAACAUGUAGGAUAAAAAGGUUACACUGACUUGUACUUUGACUGGCCUGGCCAGACCUGAAGGAAGAGGACUCGACCGUGUGAAAGGAAAAGGGCGCAAUGUGAUGUUGUGUAGCUUCAUUCCUGCUUUAUACAAGAAUACUUCUAGAUGAUAUCUUUUCUAUCACAGUUGAAGUUGCCUUAGACAGUUUGACCCAGUGUUUAAAGAUAAUUCUGUCUAAUUUCCAGGGAACGGCAUUUGUAGAAUUUCUCUAAUUGUGUCUAACUUAUGUUCAAUAAUGCCAAUGUGUAUGUGCACUGACUAAAACCCCAAGAUGUUAUUUUUAUUUUUAAGUAACGGCCAGUGGAUGAGUUACAAUACAUUAACUGAAAACUUCCUAAUGUUGGUGUCAGUGAACGAAGUGAUUUUCCAUUCUAAACCUGUACCGUUCUACUACAGAAAUGGAUCCAUAAAAGGCACCCUAUUAUCUUUACCAUUGUUUCUCCAGUCCUCCAGUACCCACAGACACUUGUUGUUGCCCUCAAAAAUGUAUUGAAGGCUUGAUUGGUUGACAAGGGCUGUGUUCAGUACAUUUCAACGUUCUGGAGUGUUCAACUGAACAAAAAUGGUGCUGUACUGAAUGAGUAGUUUUAAAACCGGUGAGGGGUCAGGUUGUGGGAGAUCUAAAGCUCUGUGGCCACUGCCCUUCUAAAUCUGUGACUUAUUGCUUCAAGCACACCUCACCACACUCACCAAAUGGGAGCAAACAUACCUCAAACGUCUUUUGAAGAAUGCUUUGGGGAAAUGUGGCAUUCACAAUAAAUUGUAGCAAAAGUUUAAGCAACAAAGAGCGCGUGCAUGUGGUUGACUGGGGGCCACAAAAAAUAAUGUUGGGAGUACUCCCGGACUAGAGUUGGGCACCCUUGGUGCUGUCGUUAGAACCUGGAGUAAUCUGGUUUCCAGGGAUACAGAAUCUGCAUCCUCCCCAGACAGGAUAUAGAGACUGUGCUCAGGGGUUUCUUUUACUCCUGCUACGUUAAGAAUUUGGAAACCCCGCCCUAUACAGUGCACUACUUUUAACUAGAGCUCUAUGGCCACUUGGUCAAAAGAAGUGCACUAUAUAAGGAAUAGGUUGCCAUUUUGGACUCAUCCAUGUAUUUUUGUUUAUCAGGAGUCCUUCGAGAUCCAGCUAUCAAUUGCCCAUUAAGGUGCUUACUACAGAGAAUUUGUAUCAAGGUGCUUACAAAAGAGAGUUUGCUCCUUUUCUACAUUAACCCGCCUCCUCAAUAAAGCAUUCAA